AUGAUCGGUGCAGAUAUUAUUUCUGGUAGCAAUGUUGGGGAUAAAGUUUUUAUCAGUAGAAUGAAUAUGAUUCCCAGAGAUACGGUUAUACCGUUUAAAUUCCAACGCCGUCAGUUCCCAGUUUCUCUGUCGUUUGCGAUGACAAUAAACAAAAGCCAGGGUCAGACAUUAUCAACAGUCGGGUUGUUCUUGCGUCAUCCUGUGUUUUGUCACGGUCAACUUUAUGUAGCUAUUUCUCGAGUUAGGAAUAGAAAUGGUCUUAAGAUUUUACUUUGUGAUGAUGGAUUAGUUGAUCCUAUCAGGACCGAAAACGUUGUAUUUACAGAAGUUUUUGAUAAGAUAUAA